GGCGGGGCCGCCCCGGGCGCCUGCAAUAUGGCGGAGGCGGAAGGAGAGAGCUUGGAGUCUUGGCUGAAUAAAGCCACCAAUCCUUCCAACCGCCAGGAGGACUGGGAAUACAUCAUUGGCUUCUGUGAUCAGAUCAACAAAGAGCUUGAAGGGCCACAGAUCGCCGUCCGACUGCUCGCCCACAAGAUCCAGUCUCCGCAGGAAUGGGAGGCGGUCCAGGCCCUGACGGUGCUGGAGGCGUGCAUGAAGAACUGUGGGAGGAGAUUCCAUAACGAAGUGGGGAAGUUCCGUUUUCUGAAUGAGUUGAUCAAAGUCGUCUCCCCAAAGUACCUGGGGGACAGGGUGUCUGAGAAAGUGAAGACAAAGGUCAUCGAGCUGCUUUAUAGCUGGACCCUGGCCUUGCCGGAGGAGGCCAAGAUCAAGGAUGCCUACCAAAUGCUGAAGAGGCAGGGCAUCGUGCAGUGCGACCCACCCGUCCCAGUGGACAGGACGCUGAUCCCCUCGCCACCACCUCGUCCCAAAAACCCUGUUUUUGAUGAUGAAGAGAAGUCCAAGCUUUUAGCCAAGCUGCUGAAAAGCAAAAAUCCAGAUGACCUGCAAGAGGCCAACAAGCUCAUCAAGUCCAUGGUGAAGGAAGACGAGGCGCGGGUGCGGAAGGUCACGGAGCGCCUGCACGCCCUGGAGGAGGUGAGCAACAAUGUGAAGCUGCUGCACGAGAUGCUGCUGCACUACAGCCACGAGGACUCCUCGGACGGCGACCGUGAGCUCAUGAAGGAGCUGUUUGAUCGGUGUGAGAACAAGAGGCGCACGUUGUUCAAACUGGCCAGCGAGACAGAGGACAACGACAACAGCCUGGGCGACAUCCUGCAGGCCAGUGACAACCUCUCCCGCGUCAUCAGCUCUUACAAAAGAGUUAUGGAGGGACAGGCCAUCAACGGGGAGGUGGCCAUCUCAACCCUGCCUGACAGCGAAGGAAACAGCCUCUCCAGCAACCAAGGCACGCUCAUCGACCUCGCUGAGUUGGAGACACCAAACAGUUCCUCCCCAGCGGCAGCCCCGCCACCUGCCCCGCCCUCCUCGGGUAUCCCCAUCCUCCCUCCACCUCCUCAGACCUCGGCGCCCCUGCGAAGCCGCUCCUCCAGCCAAGCCGAGGCCCCCUCGGGGCCCAGCAGCACCAGCAAUGCCCUCUCGCUGCUGGAUGAGGAGCUGCUCUGCCUGGGCCUCGCUGACCCAGCCCCCAGCGUGCCUCCCAGAGAGUCAGCUGGGAGAAACCAGUGGCACCUGUUCCAGAGUGAACAGUGCGACCUGGACUUCUUCAGCCCUAGGCCGGCCACUGGCGCCUGCUGCUCCCCUGAGGGGCCGCUGCUGCAGCCCUCGGUCCCCACCGCCAGCUCUCCCUUCCCAGCUCCUGUGGUCCCAGCCAGCGUUCCUACCCCCGGCGCAAGCUCCUUAUUCGCUACUGGACUGGACCCAGCUUUGGCUCUAAAGGCUGCGCCCCCAGCCCCCGAGUACCAAGGCGUAGCUGCCCGGGACAGCGCCCUGCACCACCUGGAUGCCCUCGAUCAGCUGCUGGAAGAGGCCAAAGUGACCUCGGGCCUGGUGAAACCCAGUUCCUGCUUUCCCUCCAAGGCUGCGGCCCCCGCUCUGAUCCCCGCCAGCUCUCCAGCCAGGCCGCUCCUGCCUCUGUCCACGGGGCCAGGCAGCCCUGUGAAAGUGCCCGAGCUCUCCCUGGCCAGCGUCCAUGUGCCCCUGGAAUCCAUCAAGCCUAGCAGUGCCCUUCCUGUGACAGCCUAUGAUAAAAAUGGCUUCCACAUCCUCUUCCACUUUGCCAAGGAAUGCCCCCCCGGACGGCCUGACGUGCUGGUGGUGGUGGUGUCCAUGCUGAACACAGCUCCCCUGCCCGUCAAGAGCAUCGUCCUGCAGGCUGCAGUGCCCAAGUCGAUGAAAGUGAAGCUGCAGCCGCCCUCUGGAACAGAGCUCUCCCCCUUCAGCCCCAUCCACCCCCCUGCAGCCAUCACCCAGGUCAUGCUGCUGGCCAACCCUCUCAAGGAGAAGGUGCGGCUUCGCUACAGGCUGAUGUUCACCCUCGGGGAACAGCUGAGCACGGAGGUGGGCGAGGUCGACCAGUUCCCUCCUGUGGAGCAGUGGGGCAACCUAUGACCACAGAGGACGCUGCUUCUCCACUUGGAAGCCAGGACGGGGAGGGCCUGGUCUGGGCUCUGCUCACCUUGGUGACAGAGCUUGUAGCCAUGACCAGGGGCCCAGCCAAGCUGCUGCAGAUCUGUCCUCUUGGGCCUCCUAAAAGGACCUGUUUCAUCUACCUGUGCGACUCGAAGUGGCCAUACACGUCAGGGCGGGGCACGGCUGUCCUGGGUUUGGAGCAGGUUUCCCCCUCUUCACUGCCCUCCCCGCCGUCCCAGGGAAGGUCAGACUGUGAAGGCGCUUCCCUUGCAGGCAGGUUCCCGCUGCCCCCUCCUGGGAGGGGGGGAGCUGUGUGAUUUCCAGGCCGGUCUCCUGUGGGCUGCAGCAUCCAGGGACAGCCACCAGGUGGCACGCCGUGCAUCGUGUCCCUGGUGGUGGCGGCCAGCUGUGUCCUAUGGACAUCACAGCAGAACCCAGAGCCCAGCGUAGUGGAGAACAUGGUGUUGGGACAGCCUAGAGGCGUCGCCCCUCCCCCAGAAUCAGGAACGUGGAUUGUGUGGGAAGCGUGCCUCCUGCGCGGCAGGGGCCCUCCUACUCACUACCUCUUGCUUGGCAUGAACUAAGCUGCUCCCCUCCCCGUUAAGCCUCUCAGGGGAGAACGGUUCCCACCCCGCAUCUGCUCUGGCCUCCCCUCCUCCCACCAGUGGCACGCGCUGUGGCGCCCAGGGUCGGACACAGGAGGCCUCAGGUUGCAUUGCACUAGACCUACGCCUCUCGUAUGGCCCCCGAGACUGACCACGCUCUGGCUCAUGAGGGCAGGGUCAGUCGUGCUCACUGCAGUCCAGCCGCGCCACCUCGGUGCCGUCUGGCCAGGUGAGAGGACACAGAACCCCCAGCUGCUGUGGCAGCUGGAAAAGCAAGUGGCUUGGGAAAGGCUCUCCUGGGCAAGGAGCCCCACUCGCUGACCCCUGCCACGCCCUCGCCGGCUUCAGCAAGCAGGUGUCACUGCUGCCUGAAGACAGCUCCGAGGGAAUCAUUCCACUCCCAAGCACUUCCUGGAGACGCUGCAGCCCUGGGAGCACCUGGGGUCCACGUGGAAGUGGACAUUAAAUUAUUUACGAGUGUUACCCCA